CACAUUCAUUUGAGCCCAUAGUAAGAACAUGCAACCGAGCCUGGCCCAUUGCACGCGCGCCAGAUUAACGAUGAUGCGCGCGAGAAUUCGCCAGAAAGGAAAACAAGGUAUCACCUUGCAUAAAUACCAAGCCACCGGGAUGAACGCAGACUCAGCAGUCUGUAGUCUUUAUAAUGGGUUCGAUGCUAAAAUAUAAGUUAGUUCUAAGUAUGAUGUUAUAGCGAUAAGUGAAAUCGUGAAUAAAUUUAUUUUUUAUGCUUUCCCGUACGGAAGCUACAUAACUGGCGCAGUCAUAGUGAAGUGGAAGUAAAGUGCAGUAAAGUGCACGACCGAGCAACGUUUAUUGGAAACAUCUGGACUACCGGGAAACCACCGGUGAGGGAAUAUCACCGAUUAGCGUAGCCCAGAAGCGAGGAACUACCAUCGAACCAAAUCAUCAACUUAGAAACUCCAGGAGAUGAUCACCAUCAUCCUCUUGUAAGUAUUUUUUUUUAUUUCUUCCUAAGUGAGUGUUAAAGUGAAAAAAGUAACAUAACUCUCGCAACAAAAAUCAGCUGCCCCGUAAGCAAAAGUAAAGCACGGAGGCAAGCGGCACAAAAUACAACGUUCAGCAAUUUUAAAAGCGAGCGAAACUAACACCCACAAACCGCGAGGUGCAGUGCAGUGUGAGCGAAUAUCAUAGCAGUGUAUUCUUGUGUGUGCAAAUUAUAAGCAAGAUUAUCAUUGGUAAAAUGGAUCAACGCGAAUUUAUGAUUUCACCCGACCUUAUGCCAGCACCAGAGCUGGACGGGAGAAUAAUUAUUGAACAAGAACCUCAGGAGAACCCACAACAAGUCACAGUUGAAAGUUUGUUGGGUCAUAUAAAAACAUUAACGAGCAAUCAAAACGCUUUGAUUGACGAACUCCAUAGAUUGCGAUCGAAAUCAGAAGAUCCCUUCUUACAGUUCCGAACACCAGACCCGAUUAAAAAUCUGGCCACUUUUGCGGGUAACAAAAAAGAAACACAUGCUUGGUUAGAAGAUGCGGAGAAUACACUCGCACUCUUCCAGUCAUACAAAAAUGAACCCAUUUACAGCCAAUUAGUGAGAGCUGUUAAAAAUAAAAUUAUUGGCGAUGUCAAAGAAAUAUUAAUAGCGGCUGGCAACCCAAAUCAGUGGGAACAAAUCAAAGAAAUAAUCCUAAAUUCUUAUGGGGACAGAUUAGAUCUUACAUCUCAUAUUCAAUCCCUUUUCUAUGUUAACCAGGGAAAGAAGACUCUAACUGAGUUUUACAACCAAGUUAAGAAAAUUGAUACGUCAAUUAAGGCGACAGCAGCUUUGAUGGACGACUACAAAUCAUCCACUAAAGCUAUAAAUAGUUUAAUAAGUCUUAUGGCUUUAACAAGAUUCAUCGACGGGCUAAACGACGAGCUAUCAAUGCACGUUAGGAGUUAUAGACCGCAAUCCCUUGAGGACGCUUACUCCAUAACUAUGCAAUAUUCUAAUGCAGCAUAUAGACAAAGACUCAACAAACAAACAAUAGAUCAAAAGACGACCAAAGCAAACAACUUUAAACCAUCCGAUAGCACCAACAAAAAUUCCAACUUGAACCUCAACCCGUUCAAUCAAAAACCAAACAAUUUUAACAACGGUGGAUCUUCGAAUACGAAACCAUCCUAUCCUAUUGCAAAGUCAAAUGGGUCCGGUAGAUUUAAGAAUAGAGAGCCGCUACCAGACGACGAUGUUUCCAUGAGAACAGCAAAAUCUCGGACGGAGGUUAACAACCACGAAACUGGGCAAAGACAAAAAAGGGACGACGGCAAAAAUUGUGGGGAUGAACACGACACCUCCCAACAGCUCGAAGAGUCAAUCUUAAACUCGGAGGACGACGAUUAUUUUGUCGACGAGGAGCUAAAUUUUCACGUGGUAGAACAAGCACAAGGAAUAAAACCAGCAGAAAUAAACUCCAAUGACAUACAGGAAAAUCAAGACGAACCCGACACCGACGGCAUGACAGUACAUUUAGCAGACACCAGCAACGAUCAUUAUAUUUGGACAACAGAAAGACCAACAAAUUCAUUCAAAAACCAGAUCAUAUUUAAAAUUUCUCCUACAGACAUAGAAGCUCACGAACAAAUCUUCACAAAAUACCACAGAUUUAUAAUCUCAAAACCAAACUACACAGAACAAGACAUAGUAACUAUUUUUAAAGAAAAACUUAAUCCAAACGGUAUAAAUUGCAUCUAUUGCCCUUUAAUGCUAACACAAUUAAUUCAGGAAACAUAUCGCAAACAUUUUUCUCAUAACAAAAUCUUCAAGCUCCAGGACAUAAGGCUACCAGAGGAACAGGACGAAAUCGUGCGCAAAACUCACGACUAUGCCCAUAGAGGGAUCAAAGAGAAUAAAGCUCAAAUCCUGUUAGAAUUUUUCUUCCCCGAAAUUGAUAAAAAAUUGAAAGUUUAUAUAAAUAACUGUCCUACUUGCAAAAAAUGUAAGUACGACAGAAAACCUCCGAAAUUGGUUCAAAAAACUAACCCCGCAGAAAAUACAUUUGAAAGGAUUCAUAUGGAUAUAUUUUUUAUGAGUGGAAGAAAAAUGCUAACUAUAGUAGACGCUUUUUCCAAAUUUGCAAACGUGAUCGCUCUUGAAACAAGGACUAUCGUAGACCUUAAAAGGGCAAUCACAGAGCACAUCAGAAUUUUCGGCAAACCAAAAUCGAUAACUUGCGAUCAAGAACCAAGCUUGACAUCGCUCGCCUUCAUUGGAUUCAUGCAGGAUUUGGAUAUUGAAAUUCAUUUUGCGAGUUCAAGUAACUCAAACGGAAUAGUGGAACGAUUCCACUCUACACUCAUUGAACUAUAUAGAACUUUAAAUUCGAAAUACAAAGACAUGGAAUUCUUCGACAAAAUUAACAUUCUUGUGGAUAUUUAUAAUAACACAAUUCACUCAGCGACCGGCCAAAGCCAAAGCAAGUAGUCUUUAACCACCAUAAUGAAACAAGCGCGGAAGAAAUUUUUCAAAAUUACAGUAAAAUUCAGUCUGCCAUUAAGGUUCUAAUGGAAAAACGCAGAAAGCAAAUAGAAAAUGAAAACAAGGUAAAAACCUUGCCAAAAACUUUAGAACCAGGAGAAAAUGUAUACGUAAAAGUUAAUCAGAGAAUAACAAAGGACAAAGACCCAUUCAAGGUUUCAAAAGUCGUGGACGAUAACGAAUUAACAUUUAAAGAUACUUACGGAGUAAAAAUUCAUAAAAAUAGGAUCAAAAAAUGAUUUUUUUUUCUUUUUCUUUUCGGUCUGUUUCAGGAUCAUUCCACUUACUUCAGCGACAUUUUACCACGACGUAUCGACAAAUAACGGACUUUUGACCUUAAAAUUAGACUCGGUUAAGAUAAAAUUAGGAUACGACCGUAUAAUACAUAAAAUUAACCUAGAUGAAAUAGGACAAAAUAUAAACUAUAUCGAAAAAUUAGCAAAUAACCUUAAUGUAACGGAUCACUUACAACAAACAAUCCAGUUUAAAAUUAAAAAGGCUUAUGAAAAGUUGACAGGAUUUUACCCAAAACGUGCAAAAAGAGGACUUAUUAAUGCUUUAGGAAACGUGAUAAAAUUUAUAGCAGGCAACCCCGACCAGGAAGACCUCGACUUAAUCAAUCAAAAUUUAGAGAUGCUUGAAACUAAUAGCAACAAAAUCAUAGAUAAUCAAAUAAAACAAGUAAAAAUCAACAAUGUACUUCAAGCUACUAUUAAUAAAGUCUCAAAAACCAUAAGAUCAAUUAAGGAACAUGUAAAAUCUCAAGACACGAUAAUUAGAAAAGACUUGGAACUCAUAAAUCUUAUUUUGAAUACUGAUAUCCUGAUAAAAACCUUAGAAGACCUCGAAGAACAGAUUGCCUUUUCAAAAUCUAAUAGCUUGAACAAAAACAUUCUCAGUAUGGCUGAAAAAGAUUAUAUUUUGAAAUUUUUAGAAAGCCAACAUAUUGCUAUUAAAUUUGAAGAUGAAAUUUAUAAAUUCGUAAGAUCAGUUGUAUCGCUACAAAAUAAUCACAUAAUCAUUAUAGUCAAACUCCCCAUCAUUGAACCGAACGAGUACUCAUUGAUGCAGUUAGAACCUGUCAACGUGAAUGGAACCAGAAUCGACACGAACAUCCACUAUGUGGCCAAGUAUCAGCAGUCAUUAUACGAGCAGAGUGAGAGGUGUUUCAUUUGCGACAAUAACUUGCCAGUGAACGACGGUUGCAUCUCCAAUAUCCUGACAAAUCAAAAAGCCAAGUGUCCGAUGCAUAAACAACCAGAACGUCCAAUAAUCAAGGAAAUCAGUGUCGGAACAAUUCUCAUCGACACAAAUAAAGCAGUCUACAUUUUAGACUCAUGUGGAGAAUCACAAAUCAUUUCCGCUCCAACUAUUAUUGAUACAGGUAACUGCACAGUUACAGUGCAGAAUGUAACCUUCAGAAGCAACUCUAAAACUAUAAAUAAAUCUGAAUAUCUCACACCCAUAUUUGGAAAAGAGAUAGAAACCAUUAAACAAAAACCAGACAUCGAAGAAAUACACCAGAUGAAUAUCGAAAAUUUGGAGGAAAUUCAGAGACUUAAGCUUCACAUGAUCAGCUCUCAAACGCUCGGAGGACUAGCGAUAGCCUCUACCAUCCUGUCAAUAGUAAUCAUCUUAUGCAUUCGCAGAUACAAAUCCCAAACUAGAAGUCAACCCCAACAGGAUAAAAAAGAGGACAUCGUCACCUCACAAAUUACCAACAAGAAGUUCGACAUCAGCUCCCCGGAAAACAAUCAGAAAGGAACAGUAACCGAUAUCCUGAAGGACGAGCCAACCUGCCUAACGAAAUCCUUCCUUCCGGCACCCAGAUUUGUCCUUACCAAGGGAUCCAGAAAAUCAACCGAGGACGCUUGACUCUUAGGGGGGAGACGUUAUGAAAAGUCCCUCCCACACAUUCAUUUGAGCCCAUAGUAAAAACAUGCAACCGAGCCUGGCCCAUUGCACGCGCGCCAGAUUAACGAUGAUGCGCGCGAGAAUUCGCCAGAAAGGAAAACAAGGUAUCACCUUGCAUAAAUACCAAGCCACCGGGAUGAACGCAGACUCAGCAGUCUGUAGUCUUUAUAAUGGGUUCGAUGCUAAAAUAUAAGUUAGUUCUAAGUAUGAUGUUAUAGCGAUAAGUGAAAUCGUGAAUAAAUUUAUUUUUUAUGCUUUCCCGUACGGAAGCUACAUAACUGACAUAUGCUUAUCCGGCAUGGAAGGAUUGUGCCAGAACACACAAAAGAAUGUUGCAAAUUAUUCAGAACAAAUGUUUAAAAUUGAUAUACGACCUCCCAUACUGGUUUGGUACUGAAAAUUUAAUUUAAAAAUUUUAAAUUUUUUCAAAAUUUCUUGAGGAAAUGUGUAGCAUCCGACCAUGAGCUCAUUCGUGAGCUUUAUGAUUAAUUAUUGUUGUGUUUGUCUUUAGUUCGUAAGUCAGUUAAAUUUUUUUUUUUUUUUUGCUCAAUAGUUUAGGGUUUUUUGUUAAUUCGUUUUUCCCUUAGAAAAUUUUCAUUGUAUUAUAUGAUUCAUAAAUUGCUUCGACUUUAUUAGUAUCAAUUGUUUGUUGUAUAGCUGUAGCUGGUCUCAAAACAAGAAAAAUCAUUGUGUAAACUCUGUAAAAACCACAAUUACUGAAAUAAACAUUGAUUGAUUGAUUGAUUGAUUGAUGUGAUGCAAAAGAAGACAAAACUUAAAACUAAGAAAGAACGCACAAAUGCUAAGAAAAAUGCAAAUUCCAAAUGGCUUGUUGGCAAAUUUGAAUCUUGACCUCAGUGACAAGGAAACUCGAUCUAAUGGGAGCAGUAGUAAUGGCACG